AUGAACCGUCUCUUCGGGGCGAAGAGCAACGCGCCGAAGCCGACACUCAACAGCGCCAUUUCCAACGUCGAUACACGCAUAGAAAGCCUCGAUGUCAAGCUCGCCAAGCUCAACGCAGAGCUGUCCGCCUACCAGCAGAAACUCGCAAAGAUGCGCGACGGCCCAGGAAAGACGGCCAUAAAACAAAAGGCCCUCAAGGUCCUCCAGCAGCGCAAGAUGUACGAGUCCCAGCGCGACCAGCUGCAGGCGCAAUCGUGGAAUAUGGAGCAGGCUGGCAUGAUGCAGGACAACCUGAAGAACACCAUGACCACUAUCGACGCCAUGAAGACUACGACCAAAGAGCUGCGGAAGCAGUACGGCAAGGUCAACAUCGAUAAGAUCGACAAGUUGCAAGAUGAAAUGGCCGAUCUCAUGGACAUGGGAAACGAUAUCCAGGACGCGAUAAGUCGAAGCUACGACGUGCCGGAAGAUGUGGAUGAAUCGGAGCUAGAUGCGGAGCUGGAAGCACUGGGUGACGAGGUCGACUUUGAGGGCAUCGGAGAGUCAUCAGGCGUACCAAACUUCAUGCUGGACGAUGCGGCACCACCACAGUUCAUCGACGAAGCACCCGUAGGCAACAAGGUCAAAGAAGCUGCAGGCUGA